CAGUCCUUCGUUCUUUUUCCUUUCUUUUCAAAACACUCAGCCCCCACGAGCAUUCACCAUUCCAUAUCAUUUGCCAUUUAUUCUCAAUAUUCUAUCAGGUUCUCCGAGCAGUCCUCUCGCAACUAAAACGCCAUCGCUAAAGAGACCGGCACGAUGCCAACUAGGGUGAUUCCUGGGGUAACAAUGGUUGACGACGGUCCAUCAGUGGUUGUUCCGCCCAUCAACUUCUCGCUUGUUGCUCCAGGCAUAUACCGUUCAGGACAUCCCAACCGCAAAAACUUCCCUUUUCUCAAAAGGCUCAACCUCAAGGGCAUCAUCUAUGUCGAAGGAUCUGAUCCUUACCGGCAAGACUCGCUCGACUUCGUUCAGUCGCAAAAUCUCGAACUGUACCGCUUUGACUUCAGCAAUGAAUCCGACUUGUACACCCCAGAAGGACAGGAACGCAUGGAGGCUCUACUGAAGGUCCUGUUGGACAAGAGAAAUUAUCCUCUGCUGGUCCAUGAUGAUACUGGCAAAGGAAGUUGCACUCUAGUGUGCGCUUUGAUCAGGAGGUUUCAGUCUUGGAGUCUGACGGGCCUCUUUGCGGAGGGAGAUAUGUUUGCUGGUCCCGCAGGAGGAGCGGAAGGUGUUGGACUAGGAGAGACUGGGAUGGAGUUCAUUGCCGCAUUUCAACCAAAGCUGGUGGCUUACGACCGCACAUGGCGACCAGAUUGGGCUGAUUACUGAGUCCGAGUCCACACUAUCUGUAAAACUUUUCUAUGCCAUAAAGGAGCCAAAUUGACCUAUCUUUCGUACAUUAUCUUCUUGUUGACAAAGAUUGACGACCAUCUGUAACGCACCAAAAUCAUCGUUUAGGUACAGUCCUUUGAGAGCGAACUCUGUCACGCGAGAGGUCUACAUGUGUCACCUCCAGCAAUCUUCUCGGUGCCCUAUCAUACACCGUCAAAGGAUGUCUAGAUGUCAAACGUUUCUAUUUGUGAUCGCGCUCUGCCAUUCGGCUAUACGAAAAGCAAAGCAGACGUCAAACAACUCCAUUAUGAUACAUAUCCGACUCGGUCCUCAUGUUCUGCAUACCAAAGGCUGCAACAUCAUCUCUGUGCACCAACGUACCGUGAAAGGGCGCUCCUUAUGAUGGUAGUAUCUCAAGACUCUCAAAAUUUAGCGGCUUCGCUUCCCCCUGAUCACCCGUUUGCCGCCCCCUUCAACAUUGUGACUCGCCCCGUUGGGCGUCCAUCUCAUCCUUCUCCCCAUCAUUCGCACACGAAAUCUCACCCAGGUCCUAACUUCCGGUCUCCUUAUCCUCAUCUUAAAGUUGACACAUCUCUGCCUGCCUCCAAACCCUUACAAAUACAUCAGCCGCUGGCUUUCAACCAUCCGAAUCUUUCGCUAUUUUGCAGAACAGCUCCGGUCGCAGCGCCUUCAUAUAUCCUCCAGCAGCAGCAUGCGACAGAACAAACUAGGAGGACGCACAUGCAUCGAGAAACGUUCAUCGUCUGUGGAUCAGACACACCUCUUAGUCCCGAACAACCGCUCUUCGCACGACAUAUCCCACAAUCUGUUGAUACAGUCGAAUUUAGUAAAGGCCACGCUCGCCGAUUAAGCGACAAGCUUAAGCAUCUAUUCUUAACGGUGCGCAGAAAGACGUCAAAUGACGAAGAGUUGGAGGGGAUGAAAACAUCGGAAGGUUUAAUACAAGCGAAGCUGACAGGCGAGAGUACUUUGCGGCGUCAACAAAUCGACUAUACUUUAUCUACCAAAAUCAAUAUCAAUCUAGAAAUGCCUCCUAUCAGACCUCGCCGUUCUCCAGGAACAGCAUCUUUCUCGGUCAGUCGCGGUUUAUCAUACCAGCGGUCAGGAGCGUCCGUCUCCUCUACUACUUUUCGAUCCUCUUCCAAAUCUUCUCUUUUGGAUGCAAGUCCCCAAUGGGCGAAUAGGGCUUGGAGGUUUCCAAUACCGCUCAAUGCUGUUAUGCAAAGCUCAAUCACCCUAGAAAAAGAUGGACAAGGGCAGGUCAGCCAGUUUUCUGAUCCGUCAUCUUCAAGUUCAAAUGGAUCAGAUGAUUCGGCGAUGCCCAAAUCUAAAAGGCGCUCGACAGCCAGUCCCUUAUCAGAUGAAUCGUCGGAAUUGGACCCGACAAUGCAUGACAAGGCCUGCUGCUAUAGACAUGGUGCAGGAGACUUUUGGGACCAAUGGACAAUGUGUUCAUUCACUGGUGAAGAUUUUAGGAGGGAAAAGAUUUCGCUAAGACGCGUGAAAAGUCUACCGGAGAUGAUUUGGAGAUUGUAACGUGGCUCGGCAAGUUUCCUUUUUACGUCCGUUCUUGACUCUUACCGGUGGUGUUGCAAAACUGUAUUUCAAUAUUUGUCAUAGUCCGACAGGAUAUGUUCCGGGUUAAACGAUCUGUCACUGAUUAGGGGGGAUAAUAGGACAAGCUUACACCAAUAAUGACGGGAAGAGUGCUUUCCCCCUUACCUUUCAACAAACAUCAUGUUUAUUUUUACGCCAAUUGCUCUCCAUUGUUGCUACGCCCAAGUUCUGCCACCACUUAAUCUACGACUAUAGUGAUAAUCACUGUACUUGGUUACUAUGUCUGGCUGACAUCUAAACCCUGCAGCUACCGUGCCAAUACUUCCUGCAACCACUUUUGCGUCGAUACCCAGCGGCAGCCUAUUAGGGAAUGGAAUUGCCUUCGAAAUGUAUGACUUUUCAAUUGUCGCGCCUCUUCUACCUUACCCCGCUUUCAGGGUGUUUUCAAAUCAGCUAGCAUUACUUUUGCUGGUCUUGAUGAUGGUCUGCGUGCGGCCUUCACAAGCGUGGGGAUGAUCACCGGUACCGCUGGCAUGUUGCUGGUGAAUACGGUUCCGGCACUCGGGGGAACUUCAAUCACUAAACCAAACGUCAUGCGCGGGGUUAUCAGGCGAAAAGAGAAGUCAUUAAGCCCUCAGAAGCUGUACUAAAUUCUUCGACGACUAACAGCUAAUCCUGCCAGUCAAAGGAAAGAUUAUUAUGGUGAAUAUAAUGGAUGCGGUGUACUAUUAUAAACAAUCCAAAUUGUGAGCAUAUGGGAUACAUCUACCAUCCCCCCUUUGGGCAGCAGCCACGUUUUUCGCCUUCGUUGUCCCUCAUUAGCUAUCAUCGACCUAACAGCUAUGUCGUCUUCCACUGUACCAGUAUUGUACAGUGCUCAGUCAAGCCUGGCAUCCUUUUCUCGAGUAUAACGGGUUCCGAGAACUCAACAGAUAGAAGCAGUUAUGCCAUCGGCAAACGAUAUCUUCUCCUUACUACCCAUCCAUUAGAGAGUGCUCUUCCCUUGUUUGAUGGAAGAGGUUGGGUCACAUGACGGGUUCGGGCCUGUAUGGAUGCGGCGCUGUUUUACGCUGAAAUCUCCAACGAACAGACUGCUCUUAGCACCCAAACAGCCAACGAGUUCCUCAGGGACUGGGCUUCAAUUGGUAAAGAGGAAAUGAGCUCCUCUAUAUCACAGCUGGGAGACAAAAUGGAAGAAAAACACUGGCUCAAGAAGCCUGGUGGGGACGACCCCGUCUGUGUUUGGAAAGUCCACGAACGACUACGUCACCGGCGUCCUACUAGAUUAUAACAGCCGAGCCGCUCAAGAGGCAUACGAGAAGUCCAGCCAGCAAGACCUUUUCACAUACGAGGUCCUUCCACAUGGCGAAUACGCUGAGCAAGGGGGCGAGCAUAAUCCAAUUCAUUUAUCACUCGAUCCGAUCGAAUACAAGACUCAACUUGAUUUCGCCACUAAUGAUUACAAAGUAUUCACAAAAUCGGAGAACUUGCCUCCCAACACUUAACUUCCAUUAUCUUUGUAACGGAAAUGAACGAAGUGACUGAUAGUCGAAUGGAAUCAUGAGAGGGAAGAGAGCAUGACUGGGGGCCGUAUUACAGUGUGCGUGACGACUCGAGCUUAUUUGCAGGAAUCAUGAUGAACAUCCAUCUUCGCUUCUGCUUCGUUGUUGAUUGGCCCACCCCGCUACGCUACUAAGAAAGACUCUAAGACCCUUCUAAGACUUUUCUAUCAUUAUGGGCUACAGAUUUGGGGCGGUCAUUACAUGCGAUAAAUUCUCAUGUUUUGCUCAAGAGAGCACAAACAAUCUUUGUGGUUUUUAGUAUAACGAAUCUUCAGAAACGCAUGC